AUGGUCGCAGUUUCUUUUUUAACAUACAAACUACUGGCGCUCUCAUGGAUUACGGCGCAGAGACAACUAAUCCAUGAUAGGACGGCAUCACGUGAGACGUGGGACAGUAGCUAUGAUUUUAUAGUAGUGGGCGCCGGGGCUGCCGGUGCUGUGGUGGCCAACAAACUCAGUGAAUGCAAGUCAGUGCGGGUGCUAUUGCUAGAGGUGCUCAAAGUGCUAUUUAUAAUGACUUACCCGGACUCGCAGAAGAAGGUUGGAUGGCCAUACUAUAGUGAACCCAAACCAUAUUAUGGACAGCAAUACGCUGGGGGUCGGGUGCCUGAGAACAAAGGCAAGACAUUAGGGGGCAGUACAGCCCAUAAUGCAAUGGAUUUCAAUCGGGGUAAUAGACGUGGGUAUGAUGAAUGGGUCAAUAAAUACGGUGCUGUCGGUUGGAGUUAUAAGGAUUUGUUGCCAGUGUUUAAGGAAUGGGAGAAUAAUACCGAUCCGACUGUUGUCGAGAGUAAUCUCGGAUAUCACGGAACUCGUGGACCCAUUCAGAUAUCAUCGCCAAAAAAUCCCAGUCCUUUGGUUUUUACUUUUAAAGAAGCAUUACUUGAGUUGGGUUAUCCUGAAACAGAUAUCAAUGGUCAGGAUCAGUUUGGGACUAUGAUUACACAAACGUAUAUAACUAGUGAGGGGUUUAGAUCGGGAACGGGUAAUGCAUUCGUGGACCCGAACCCACACGAAGACAAUCUGCAUAUCGUUUGCAAAGCAUUGGUCUCAAGAAUACUAUUCAAUGGGUUGACAGCUAUUGGAGUGGAAAUACUAUUCAAUGGGUUGACAGCUAUUGGAGUGGAGUUUAUUAGGAAUGAUAUCUCGUAUAGAGUUUACGCUAACAAAGAGGUUAUCGUUUCCGGCGGUCCAAUAAAUAGUCCACAACUACUAAUGCUAUCAGGAAUCGGUCCCAAACAUCAUUUACAAAGCUUUGGGAUACCAGUCAUAUUGGAUCUACCGAUUGGUGACAAUUUUGCUAACCAUCCGGCAGUCACUGUUACCGUUAAUAUCAAAGAUGAAUAUCUUAACAUGGUAAAUCCAGUUCCAGACCCAAAUGUGCAACAAUUAAGUGAACUUUAUUACCAUCAAAGUGGGCCAUUAUCCCAAAGCCCUACCUGUGUCCUCUUUUACAACACCCAUAAUAAUAACGAUAAUCAGUGGCCAAAUGCACUGCUAUUUGGAGAUCCAUAUAAUAACACUAUUAAUAUAUACUUAAAUUUAGUCCGAUAUAAAAGUCGGGGGACAUUACGCCUACAGUCAACUAACCCUUACAUCCCACCCCUCAUUGACCCCAAUUGGUUGUCACAUCCGGAUGAUAGGGAAGACCUAUUGGAAGCCACGCGACAUAUAUUUUAUAUACUGGAGCGCACAUCCAUCUCACAUUAUGUCCAACCUCCCGCCGAUUUAUUACCCGAAAUAGGCUGUCCAGUAUGCCCGGGCAGGUAUACGUAUGAGUGCACAGAAGGUUUGAAAUGCUUCGUACAAUACUAUAGCGCAACUUCCUAUCAUCCCGGGGGUAGUUGUCGUAUGGGCUCAAUAGACAGACCCGAUGUUGUGGUCGACCCCCAGUUGAGGGUUAAAAAUGUGAGAAACCUUAGGGUUUGUGAUUCAUCGGUCUUCCCAACAAUUCCCAACUCCAACACCGCGGCCCCCACUAUAACAGUGGGCUAUAAAUGCGCCCAAUUUAUCAAGGACUGUUAUAAUUUGAAAUAA